UCUGUCUAGCGGCUGAAGGGCUGAAAGACGUGUAGUUUCUCUUGUGAUUUUAUGUACCUCGAUAAAUUUUGGCAAUAGUAAUUAUUAAGUGUGGUCCUUCAGAAGGAUCACUAGAUAAAUCUGGGUUUUAUAGAAAUAAUAAUAGAUAAAAUGAGUAAAUUAAUUCCCUCAGCCGCUAAGUUUUUAGCCGGAAACACAAUCACGAAAGUGACUGCACCGGUUGUAGCGACAAACGCAAAAUACAGCACGAAAAAAGAGGCGACAUUCGAAAUCAAGCCCUACAAACUCCAUAAAUUGGAUCAGGGCCCUGCAACAUCAGCCACACUCACUUCUGAAGAUGCUCUUAAGCUGUAUGAACAACUGACGAUAUUGCGGAGGAUUGAAACCGCAUCAGGAAACCUAUAUAAAGAAAAGAUCAUCCGUGGUUUCUGUCACCUGUAUUCAGGACAAGAAGCCGUGGCAGUAGGUAUGAGAGCAGCGAUGCGCGAUGCAGACUCAGUGAUCACCGCGUAUCGUUGUCACGGAUGGACUUAUCUCAUGGGUGUUAGUGUGCUGGGGGUGCUCUCGGAGCUGACGGGGCGCAGGACCGGUUGCUCCCGGGGCAAGGGAGGUUCCAUGCAUUUGUAUGGACGCAACUUCUAUGGUGGCAACGGGAUUGUUGGUGCGCAGCGCUUGGGAAGGCGGUACCCUUUGAACAAACAGUACCAAGACGUUCAUCAGUCGAUAAACUAA